AGUCAGUCUCAGUCCUUUUUUUUCACGUUGCCCGCUUUGCACAUGUCGACGUUGCCGCUGCGCAGCCCCGCGGUCGGGUCGACUUCCGCCCUCCGACGCACACCCGCUGCUGCUGCUGUGUCUGCUGGUAUUCCAGGCAUGGGCAUUGGGAUGGGCAUUGACGCUGCGCUCCCGUCGCCAGCAGUCCAGCGCGAGUCGGCGCGAUCGCUCUUCCUCCGAAAGGCCGCCCAGUCGCAGUCGCAGUCCAACUCGCAGCCAUUCCAGACACCACUCCGCCAGCCUCAACUUCAGUCUCAUUCUCAAUCUCAUUCUCAAUCUCAUUCUCAGCCCCAGCCUCAGUCGCAGCCCCAGCGCGGCUUGUUCAGCUACGCGGACGAGGACGAGCUCUUUCCACGCGCGGCGUCCUCGCCCGCGUUCGCUCGCCCAGCCGGUGGCUUCCAUGGCUCGGGCUCUUCCAUUGCUCCUGCUGCUCCUUCUAGUAGUGCUCCGUUUGCGAUCGCGGGCGUCGGGCUGCCGUCGAGCGCGAAUCGCGGCGUGCGGAUCAAUCCCGAGAUCGCUGGAUUGAGCGCAACCCCGCGCGCCAGUGGUGCCGUGGCUCCUGCUGCGUUCGCAUCGUCAGUGUACUCACAGAUGACUGGUCCAGAGGGCGGCCAGGCGACCGCCGUCAUCGCCUCGACCUCGCAGCCUGCACCGCACGACCAGUUUGCUCAGUUCAAUGCUCGCGUGGGACAGGCAUUCGGGGCAAUGUCGCCGGCUUCGACUGCAACUGGUGCAAGUGCGGCCCAUUUUGCUCGCAGGCAACAGCAGCCUCAAGGAGAGCAAGGACCCGCCGAUGCGUCGAGAAACGCUCUCAUGCUUGAUAUUGACACGGACGACGUGACCACCACCUUGGCAUCAGGGCCACUCGACAUUGUCAAUGACUUUUCCACCAACAUGGCCAUUCAGCAAGCAAACACGCCGGACGUAGCAGAUGCACUUGCCGAAUUUGAAGCCAUCUGCGUCGCCAACAUUAAGUCCGUCCAGCGACAGCUCGCGCGAAUUGCACCGUACUCGGCAGACUACGGCACCCUUGCUCAGAGACUUACGUGGCUGCGGAACGAGCGAAGCGCAUGGCGACUCGCACGAUUCUUGUUCUUGGACGAGCGAAUGGCCGACGAGCGCAAUGUCGCCGCCCGUGAACUGGCUCUGGAGCGCAUGCAACAGCAGCAGCAGCAAGAUCAGAGCGGAUUGGAGUCGAGUGUUGUGGUUGAAGAGUGGGAGGUGGAGGAGCGCGAGACCCUCAAGAGUCGCUACUUGGAGCGCCUCGCCGGCCAUGGCUCGAUUCUGCGCACGCUCUUCCGCACAGACUCGGCUAGCCGUCGCAAUCUCACCAUCCUGCACUGGCUCGAGUCAUUGGCGGCGGACGAGAUUCAGAGCGACGACGCCAAGUAUGUGACAGCGGCCAUGAACGGUGUGGCGCAGAUGGACGGCUGGGAGUAUACUCUGCAUGCGUUGCAGGCCAUCAAGCAAAAGGAUCGCCCCACCAACCAAUCCUUUGCACUUGGUGGUUCGGCGUUGGCCUCGUCCUCUGCCAGCUCGACCACUGGUUCCAUUGGACUGGUGAAAUCGCUCGAUCCGGACGGUCCCCUGCGUGAAGGGCGCUCCCUCGCAGAUGACGAUAUUGAUCGCGAACGCACCUUGCUGCGCUUGGUGUUCCUGCUCAUCCGCUCUGGUCGCAUCAGCGACGCCCAGCACUUGUGCCAGGAAGCAGGGCACGCGUGGCGCGCAGCCACCCUCGGCUCUAGCUCUCUCUGGAACGACGCGGCCAUGGUGUUUGAGCUCAACUCACCGGCGGAAGAGCAGGACGACCCGGAAGUGGCCGACGGUCGCUUGGUCUGGAUCCAUGCGUGCCGCAUGCUGGCGAGCGACACUCGCAUUUCGUCGCUCGAGCGAGCCGUGUAUGCAUCGCUGGUAGGCGAUGUGUCGCACACGCUGCCAGAGUGUACUUCAUGGGAAGACUGGCUGUGGGCAUACUUCCGAGGCCUGGUUUUCGAUCGCAUCGAGCUCGAGUACGCCAACUUCCCGUCGCUGGCUGCCGUUGACGCCAGUGGCGAGUUUGAUAGCAUCUUCACCGAGCUCGAGGCCAGCGUAUCGUCUUCUUCUUUGGCUGCUGGAGAGCUGGCAGAAGCGUCGCGGCCCCCACAACAGCAGCGUGCCAUUCAUUUCGCCGCAGCCACCAAUGCAGACCUCACCCCAGAUGUCAUCUUGCGCCGCGCCGCAACGAGUAACGUCACUGCCGUUCGGGAAACAUCGAACGAGCACUUCCACAGCGCCAUCGCCGCGAUGGUGCUCAACGAUGCAGAUGCGUUGCUGAGCACGCUGGCUCGGUCGUGCGGUGUUGACGGCGACAUUGACACCCUCAACUCGCUCAAGUCUCGCAUCAUUGCCAGCCUGGGCCGCCGAAACACGUCGGGCGACCUGCAGCAGGUGGCAUUGACGUCGGGCCAGCGGGCUCUGCACUCCGCGCAUGUCAUUCGCUUUGCCAUUCAUCUCGCGCUGCAUUUGCGCAACAUUGGGAUUGAGCUGGACACCCAGGUUGUCGACGGCAUGUUGGCCGUUUACGUCGAGUUUUUGAUUGACACGCACCGCUUUGACCAAGUUGCCCUGUACGUGUCCUUCAUCACGAACGAUUCCUUGCAAACAGCCCUGUAUGCUGCGUUCCUGCAGCCCUUCCCCUCCAAGCGCCGUCACCAAUAUCUGGCGCAAGGCGAUCAGCACGGGCUGGAUGUGGCUCGCAUCGCCAAGGCAGUUGUCGACAAUAUUCGCUCGCUUGCAGAUGCCGACGAUGUCCUCCCCGUUCUGUCCUCGGGAUUGCCUAGUGUUAAUACUUCGAUGGUCAUGGCCACGCCCAUGGGCCAACGCGGAGCCGCCGCGGUGCGUUCUCGACCGGGAUCGGCGAUGCGGCCUAUCGAGAGCGCGAGUGCAGCGAUGGACACUUCGGCUGGUCCUCUGCCACUGGUUGCAGCCACGCCCAAAACGCCGUUGCAUUUCAAGUCCAAGCUCUUUGCCGCUGCCUCUGCGACCCCUGCCUCCCCGGCGACGCCGACAUUGGCCAGUGCUUCGCGACCUCGCCAUCUCCCGCCGCCGUCUUCCGUGCCCCGCAUCGUGACAAACUUCCCUCAAGCGCCGGCAGCGCAGCAGCUCAAUGCGAGUGCUCUGAGCAAGACUCCAGUUCGACAACACGACGCAUCAUCGUCUGUCAUUCCGACAUUGGCUGCAGUCAAUGCGCCCAUCAGCCGACCCGUUCUGUCGCGAGCCGACCAAGAGCGCAUUGAUGCCAUCCAAUGGCUCUGUGGCGGCGCCAAUGCGUCGCAACGUCAAGAGGCGCUACUGCAGAUGAACAGUCUUCUUCGCGGCUUUUUGUCUGCGGACAAGUUUGCGUCCGCCCACGCCUUGCUCGACGCCAUGGCAUCCUUCCGAUUGGAUGGCUUGCUUCAAGACAAGUUUGGCGACAUUGAUCCCGCGGAAGCCGAGCUCGAGCCCCAGUAUCCCGACUUGUUGAACGCGACGCACGAGUUGCAUUCGCAUCGCGCGCUUGUCGCUGCUUAUGAGAUGUUUGAUGCUUGGGCGGCCAAAUUUGCAGGCCGACCUACAAGGCCCCCAGCGUUCACCACCGAGCUCUACGCGACCGAAGAACAGUACCAGCAGUCUAUUGAAGGCUUUGAGAUGCGGCACGAGAGGUGGCAACAACUUAUUAUUGAGCUGACGGACAAGGCGGUCGACUUGCUGCGCGAAAUCCUAAUGUUCAAGGGCGGCUGGCUGCUUGAUCAAUACGCUGAAGUGGACCAAAAUGGAAACCCGUCUUUGCGCACACAGCAGAUGGACUCUCUUCGUCAAAAGUUUAUCCCGGCUCUGGCCUUCUUGCUACACAGGGUGUUGCACGAUACCGAACAAACUGGUCACGCGAUGCAAGUUCCAGAUUUGAUCUGCCACCGUGUUUCACGGCUGUACGAACUGUUUAACAAGGCCGAAUUGCGCCGGCUGAUGGCUUUGGUGCGCGAAUCCGCCCUAGCGAAUCUAGAGUCUACAGGCCGACCAUUGGGUCUUAAUUAAGCCGGACUACGACCCGAUUAUGACGAGAUGAGCUGGCGUGUGUCGUUUUUGGUGCAUUUCGUUGAUCUUGUUGUGCAUAAGCGAAGAAUUUCUCCGA